GACUGCUGACGGUGGCGCAACACGUGCACACGGUGAAUCGCAGCUCGGCGAGGUUUUUCCGCGCGUCGUUUUUUCACCCAAAAAAGUGCGUCGUCGUCGUCCAUUACACAAAUAAGACAGUGUGUGUGUGACUGUGUGUGCGAAGAAGAAGAAAGGGGGGAAGGUUUGGAGAAGACAACCGAAUUGGGAGUGGAGUGGUAAGCCCUGGGGUAUGCCUUUUUUCUUACCCAUUUUGGACAGCUGAAGAGCGUGCUGUUGUCCUCCAAGUUGGUGUUGUUUUUGUUGUUGUUUGCGCUGGUGGUGUGCUGCUGCUGUUUUUCCUAGUGUGUAGAGGAUAUUUGUGGCCCCCGCACAUAGACACAUGGCGAAAGUUUUCCAUUUCGCUAAAUAAAAUUUAGCGCCCCCCUCCGACGUCUCCCGGCACAAGUCCAAGGUGUUCGAUUUCGCGUGCUGCGUCGGUUUUCCACGGAAGUUUUUCCCCGGAAGUCGAGGGAAAACACAAAAAGGUGCGCGCUGUUUUAUGAAAGGUGAUUAGCGCUCUCGUCCGUUUUGGGGGAGGAUUCCGGGAAGGAAAACUGUGCGAGCGAGGGGGUGGUGAAACUAGUGUGGAAGACCUUAAGGAGGACGAACCAGCGGAACUACUGCGAGCUCGUUAAAGUUCUAAAGAAGGAGAGCUUUCAUCGCUUCCAAAACAAAAAGAAGCAGCCAGGAAAAAAGGACGAUGACAGCGAAAGUUUAGCUGUGUGUGCGUGUGAGUGUAAGUGUGCACGAACUUUACGCCUUUCGUUUCGCCUUAAUGUAGGCAAACACACACACCGGCUCAAUACAUCACAGUGAAUUAUUUCCUUCGGUGGUGGAGGCCGAGCACGAAGAACCCAGAAGUGAAGCAAAAUUAAGGUGAGAUCAAAAGUUGUCGCCAGCCGCCGUGAGCCGCACAUACAUCAAACCUAGCCGAGUGUGCGAGGAAAAGGAAGGAAAUUCACACGUGUCGGUGGUGGAGGAAUUUACGACCUUAAGAUACGCAGGACAACGCGCAUCCAUUCCGGUGCAGCCAAACAACUCAACUCACUGGGUUCCGUGGAACUUUGAACCAGUUCAGUUCAGGAGCAGGCGCAUCAUUAAAUGCAAUCGACCGCACAACAACAGCCGCCAUUUGUUUGGACUGAAUAAAAGCCACUAAAGGCCCGGUCCGUCGGUGAGGAGUGGGAAAAGUGUACAAAGUGGACAAAGUCACGCGUGAGGAGCUGAAAAUGAAAUUUAAUGGUUUCCUGAAUGUUUUAUGCUGCAAACUGGUGCUAAUUAUAAAUUUAGCAGAUGGGAAAUUGACACACGAGAAGGACAAACACGAACCCUACAACGUUGAGGGCGUCGAGGGGCGUAGCAUCGAGUUACAAUGCCCAAUUACGGUGCCGCUGACCGAGGUGAGCAUGGUGCUCUGGUUCAAGGAUGGCGCCGGAAUUCCACUGUACAGCUUCGACGUACGUGACAGGAUGGCCCGCCAGCCGGCACACUGGUCAGCGCCGGAGGUAUUUGGAUCACGUGCCAAGUUCAAUAUUGAUAAAUCACCUGCAUCGUUGCUGAUAAAGGACCUGAAACGGCACGACCAAGGUUUAUAUCGCUGUAGAAUAGAUUUUCGUACCAUUCAAACGCAAACGUAUCGCUACAACCUGACUGUUAUAGUGCUGCCGGAGCAACCGGUGGUUCUGGACCGCUGGGGACGGCUGAUGAACGGAACCAAGCUCGGACCCAAGGAGGAAGGCGAUGACGUCGUAAUUACCUGUCGUGUCUCCGGAGGUCGCCCGCAGCCCUCCGUCAGGUGGCUCAUCAACGGCGUCAUCGUAGACGACCAGUACGAGCACACCUCGGGCGACAUCAUCGAGAACCGGCUGCUGUGGCCGACGAUCCAGCGCAGCGACCUGAACUCCAUCUUCACCUGCCAAACCAUGAACACGCGGCUGGUCGAGGCGAAGGAAACGAGCUACGUGCUGGACAUGCACCUGAAACCACUGUCGGUGCGAGUGAUUGAUCCGCCGGGCUCGGUCGUGGCCGACAAGCGGUACGAAGUGUCCUGCGAGAGCAGCGGCUCGCGCCCAAAUGCCAUCAUCACCUGGUACAAGGGCAAGCGGCAGAUGCGCCGCACCAAGGAUGACAUCCUCAGCCACAACCGGACGCUGUCCACGCUGAGCUUUUCGCCGUCCACCGAGGACGAUGGCAAGCUGCUGACCUGCCGGGCCGAAAACCCCGACGUCAAGGGGCUGUUCCUGGAAACGACCUGGAAGAUGAACGUCGUGUAUCCACCGAUCGUAAGCGUCCAGCUGGGCUCGACGCUGAUGCCGGACGACAUCAAGGAGGGUGACGACGUGUACUUUGAAUGCCACGUGCAAUCUAAUCCGGCCUGGAAGAAGCUGCAUUGGUUCCAAGGGGACACGCUGCUCCUGCACAACGCUUCCGCCCGGGUCAUCCAAACCAACCAGAGCCUGGUGCUGCAGAAGCUGGGCAAGCAGUCGGCCGGAUAUUACGCUUGCAGUGCAAUCAACGACGAGGGCGAAACCGUCAGCAAUCAGCAGUUUCUUCGGGUGAAACAUGCUCCGGUGUGUGCACACGAAAAAGUCGUCCUAAUUGGUGCAUCGAAAAACGAAAAUGUGGAAAUUUUAUGCGCGAUUCAUGCAGAUCCACCCGCCAGAACUUUCCACUGGAGGUUCAACAAUUCCGCCGAGAUUCUGGAAGUUGACCCGCACCGGUACUCGAACCACGGAAACUUCAGUGUGCUGCAGUACACCCCGGUUACGGAACAGGACUACGGUACCCUAUCCUGCUGGGCUUCCAACGAGAUCGGAACCCAAAGCGAACCCUGCUUGUACCAAAUGAUUCUGGCAGAUCUUCCGGCUCCGGUGGCCAACUGUACCGUGUACAACCGGACGCAACAGUUUGCCGAGGUCCAGUGUGCACCUGGUUAUGACGGGGGUUUACCGCAAAUGUUUGUGCUGGAAUUAGUCUCCAAAAGAACCGGUGCAAGAAGGUUCAACUACUCGAACAAACACGAACCGUACUUCUUCCUGGAGCGGCUCGAGUGGCUCACCAACGUGAUGUCGCUGGAAAACAACUCCCUCUCCUGCGUGAUGUACGCCGUCAACCAGCGUGGCUCCAGCAUCGGCGUGGUGAUCCCCAACUUUGAGAUUGGCCACAUUCAUCCGUUCCAGUCGGAAGGCAAACACUCGACCGAGUGGCUCCCGAUGACUCUCGGUGUCCUGCUUACCAUCAUAAUAUUGGCCCUCUCGAUUUCAACCAAAGCGAUCCUGGGGACGGUCAGCUGCUGUCGACGCCGGACUACGACGGACGACGGCAAACGGAGUGAUAUGAAAAUUGCACAGCAAACAAAAAAUAUUGUGAUUUCGAACGAUUUCGAAUGCGGAACUAAUUGUUUGAAGCUGAAAACCGGCCAAACGCACAACAACCACUAUCAGGAGAACAUUCGGGCCAGUUUGCGGAAGAAAAACACUUCAAAGGAGCUGGCCAACGAGGACGAGCCCGAUCCGGACGUCAUUCCGGCCCAGUUCAACAUGAUUUCGUCUUCGCCGAUGCUCUCAACGCCAAUGCUCGGAACGGGCAGCCGGGACAAGGCAAGUCAGCAGCAUCAGCAGUCGCCCCCGGACGGAGGCAACGGUAACAGUGGCGGCGGUUACGCAUUCGUCGACUACUCGGCCAACUCGUACUAUCUUAAUCCGAUAGACUUGACCAACCUGAGCAGCACCAUGGGACUGCCUCCGGUGUCGUCCUCCCAGGAACACCACCAGGACAGUGGAGGAGGCUGGAGUGGGGGGCGACCGCUCGUGACAGCUACAACAAGCUCUGCAGUGGCUCCUCCGUCGGCGACCGGUUCCGAUCUGGACAUCAACGUGAUUAAGGAUCGCCUCAUGACGACCCGGGUGCCGGAGAGUUGCGUUUGACCGGUGACGAUGGAAUUAUUUGUAGUGCGAAUUUUGAAUGCGAAGGCGAAGGUGGACCUCCGAUGCAUAUCUCUUCCGACGCAGCAGCACAGCAUCAUCAAGGACGCUCCGGUCCAACUGGUGAUGGCACAACGUACGCAACGGUGUCGAGGACUGUAGAAGCUCGAAACAUUAUAAAGAAUUUUAAAACAAAGUGUAUUUUUUCGGACUAGCAAAAGAAAUCAACAAAAAAGAUGGUAUUCUCGUUUUUUUUAA